UAAAGCCAAGCUCCGCCUCUGGAGCAGACAUCCCAUGAGUCAUAAAGUUUGAUGUCCUGCCCAAAGUUUAGACCCGACUGGAGCGAAACUUUUUUUUUUCUUGAAAGUGAGCCGCCGAGAUUUGUCCUGCGAACCCUGAUUGUUUCUCCUUUGUGAGAAUAACCUCUAACACCUUUCGUUAGGAAAACAAAACAGUGGGACUCUUUGCGCGUUUGUUGUGUUUUUCGUCUUUUGUGGCUGCGUCUGGGUUUUUUUUUUCUUUUUGGAAAAGCUGGGGCCGGACGACAACACAUCAGAUUCCAGUGUGGAGUUGUAGAUAUGCGCUUUGUUACAUCCACAACUAUGCCAGCAAGAAACCCCAGGGAAACGCUGUGUUUGACUGCAGACUUCGACAGCUAACACACCGCGGGAGAAAUCCAGAGUCAUCGGCUGAGAAACUUUUAGAAUGACUUCGGAUCACUUUUGCUGAGAGCCGUCGAGAGUGAUCCACAUUUCCUCCUGCGUAAAAAAACAACAGAAGAAAAAAGUUUGGGGAUUGGCUCAAACUUCUUGUUGUGCGCCCCUGAACGCGUCAGUUUCGGAUUUACGCAUAGAAGUAAAAGUUCGCCGAGUGUUUUGGCACAAUGGAUCCGAGCCAGCACAACCCUCCUGCCGGACACCAGAUCGUCCAUGUACGCGGUGACUCUCAGACAGACCUGGAGACGCUUUUCAGCGCCGUGAUGAACCCGAAAGGCACCAUCAUACCCCAGUCCGUGCCCAUGCGGAUGAGGAAGCUGCCAGACUCCUUCUUCAAACCUCCAGAACCAAAGUCCCAUUCCAGACAAGCCAGCACUGACGCUGGGAGUGGUGUCACCCUCACCCCCCACCAUGUCCGUGCACACUCGUCCCCGGCCUCCCUGCAGUUGGGAGCCGUUUCCGGUGGCUCCCUGUCUGGCAUGGCAUCAGCAGGUGCCUCCCCUCAACAUCUCCGUCAGUCCUCAUACGAGAUCCCUGAUGACGUGCCCCUCCCCCACGGGUGGGAGAUGGCAAAGACCACCUCCGGCCAGAGAUACUUCCUCAAUCACAUUGAUCAGUCCACCACCUGGCAGGAUCCUCGCAAAGCACUGCUCCAGAUGAACCAGGCGGCUCCGGCCAACUCUCUGCCGGUCCAACAACAGAAUCUUAUGACCCCAGCUAGUGGUUCUCUCCCUGAUGGCUGGGAACAAGCUAUUACGUCAGAGGGAGAAAUCUACUACAUCAACCACAAGAACAAGACCACAUCCUGGCUCGACCCACGACUCGACCAACGCUACGCCCUGAACCAGAGGAUCUCCCAGAGUGCUCCAGGGAAGGCCGGCCAGCUGCCCCCCAGCAUCCACAGCGCAGUCAUGGGAGGCAACAAUCAGAUGCGUCUGCAGCAGAUCGAGAAGGAACGACUGCGACUGAAGCAACAGGAGCUGCUUCGGCAGAGACCACAGGAGCUCGCUCUGAGGAAUCAGCUGCCCACCAGUAUGGAUCAAGAUGGCAGCACGAACCCAGUGUCCUCCCCUAUGGCCCAAGAUGCCCGCACGAUGACUGCCAACAGCUCCGACCCAUUCCUUAACAGCGGGACUUACCACUCCAGGGAUGAGAGCACAGACAGCGGCUUGAGUAUGAGCAGCUACAGCGUCCCUCGCACUCCAGAUGACUUCCUCAACAGCGUGGAUGAGAUGGACACAGGGGACUCUCUUCCACCCUCCAUGGCAACACAGCCCAGCCGUUUCCCAGACUAUCUGGACGCCAUCCCGGGAACAGACGUGGAUCUGGGCACCCUGGAGGGGGAGAGCAUGGCGGUGGAAGGCGAAGAGCUGAUGCCCAGUCUGCAGGAGGCGCUGAGCUCCGACAUCCUCAACGACAUGGAGUCCGUGCUGGCAGCUACCAAGAUCGACAAGGAGAGCUUCCUCACAUGGUUAUAGAAGGCCCAAGCGGGGGUGCGCCUUCCUCCUCUCCCGACACUCUCGAACUGCUGCCUGCUCUAAUCUGUGAAGGAUUCAUGCUUUUACAAGACAUUUCAGCGAGCCUCUGUGGACUUCUGUCUCUGCGUUUAAGGCCAACCUCCUUUUUUGAGGCUGUAUCAUUCUGUUCUUCUCUCUUCACUGGUGUGUUAUCUCUUUUAUUUUUGUCUGUGUCUUCAAGGCUGGCCCAUGAACAGACAAUUACGCAAGGGUCCCCAAAUCGUUCACAGCUCUGUCAGUGAAUCUAGGGCAUCUCCACCUAGAGUAGGGGUCGCCCCGUCCCCGGGUCGCCCCCACCCCCCUCAGAGCGGAGCUGGGCACACACUCCUUUGCAAAGACUGCCCAUCCGUUGUCACCUGGGGUCUGUGGUGCCUCCUUUUCUUGCAGCACUACUUUACUGUGUUUGGAACUAUUUGCAUCUAGCUUAAGUAGCUUUAUAUUUGGCCUUGUAAGUUUCUUUUCUUUAUUUUGUGUGUAUUCAACGAGCCUGAGAAACCAAAAAUGAUGUAUUUGAAGCAUAAAGAACAAUACUGAUUUGGAGUAAAGGCAAUGUGUGGCCCAGCUCGGACAUUUUGGCUUUGCCGCGGGGGGUGGGCUGAGGGUUGGAGCCCGGGGACAGACUACAUUGCUGCUUGGCUGUGCCAGCAAGUCUAAGUUAAACCUUUGAUAGAUCAAGUGCCUUCAGUUGUAUUUUUUUGAGACGCGAGCACCACGAACAAUUACGAAGUUUCUGUACCGCAAUAAGCAUUAGGCUGCGUUCAUAAGCGUCAGCCACACUCUUCCUCUAUCUAAUGUUCAAUAAUCAGAAUUGUAUUUUUGUUUUAUAAACACAUGAGGGGAUUUAGGGAAUAACUUUUUAUCUCAGUCUUAUCCAAGCCUAAUUCAUGAUUCAUUCUUUGUUUUAUCUUUUUAGUAUUCUUUUUAUUUUUAGGUUACUACAUAUGUAUGAUAGCGUAGAUCAAACGGCAUUUUGCUUUUGUUCUUCAUUUCUUUCAUCGAUGAAUUUCUACAUUUAACAGGGUCGACUGUUAUCACAGCACCUCACUUCACCAGAGAAGAAGUCGUCUGCCAGGACAAGGAUUGAUUCAGUUUUGACUUUGUAUUUUAUUUUAACAAUCUAGCUGAUUCAUUUCUUGUCUUUUUUUAUUUACUAUAUACAUAUUGGUGUGAUUGUUUUUGUUGAUCACAUGCAGCUUUUUACUAUCUUUCCUAAACAUUAACCAAAAAGGCAGAUCUCAAACAGAAACUAUAGCUCUUUGAUCAAUUGUGACAACGUACAUUAUAUACAGCGUUUGAAACCGUCUUCCUGUGAGCAUGGGGGCGGCUGAACGCCUCCUUGCACGAUGCUGUGCUGUGUUGAAAUGAGGGGUUUGUAAACUACAGCUUGGACAAGUUUGAGCAGGUUUAAGAGUCAAGUCGAAGGGGUGACGCAGAAGGCCGAGGUUUGACUGACUGGCAGUGAGUUGUGUGGAUUGUUAAUUUUAAUUUUUUUUUUUCGUGGAGUAAUUAAGAAAACAAUCAGUUAUUAUCUCAGUCAGGAAUUGUGGUGGCAAAUUCCAAAGAUGUUUCUUUUCUUUUUUUUUUUUUGUAACGCCGACACUUAUAUUUGCUUCCAUUUUCACCGAGUCCAGAAACGGUAUGAUUUGUAAAUCAGCCUCUGUAUGAACAAACUGUAUAAGCUAAUGAGAAAAAGAUGUAGGUUUUUAAGUGUUAACGGGCACGUCUGAGUAGGUCUAGCUGAGAGAUUCUUUUUUUUUUUUGGUUUUGUUUUGAGUGACUAACCCUGAGAUUUAAGGAUUUAAGGUUUCAGAACAGAGAAGCAAGUGUUUUCUAUCUUCUAUAAGCGCUCACAUGUUUACAUGCUCUCCGAGUAAGAAAGUGCUAAAGCCCCAGUGGAGACGACACACCGGCAACACUCUCAUAAUCAUGUUAUUUUGAUGUUUACACCAUGACUACACCUUCUAAUUACUGCAGUAACCUCUGAAUAAUCAGCCUGCCGUGCACGCCCUUGAUGAGGCCUUGCAGGAUGUCACAGCGAUUCUGUUGCCAGCCAAUACACAAUUGGUAGCAUUAAGUUGAUGGAACAAUUCUUUUUUUUUUUUCUUUUUUUUUGUAGAUCUGAGAACAUGAACUUUUUUAUUCUGUGCGAGAAACCUCUUUUUUUAGUUUUGAUUUUAUUGAUCAUUAAAUCAUGUGUUGACGAUGGAUUAAGAUGGAUAAACAGUGUUGGUGAGAACAAUGCAACUAAAACGAGUGGUACACUGCAGUGCUUGUAUUGCACGGCUACAGAGUUUUCAUUUUGAUGCAAUGAUGCAUUUUGUCACAAACCUGAUUUUAUGCUUACUUAGUGUGUACUUGUCGGAGCAUAUUAGCUGUUGACUGUCAGUGUAGCAGUAGAACUAAUCACACAAGUUAAAGGAUUUUGUAUUUAGAGUUUUUCUAAAUGCACAUGAAAUGAUUUAUAUUCAUUAAUGAUCUAUUCAUUUUUCGAUAGAUAUGUGCAUGUGUUUUAGAACAAUAAAUUCUGUUACAUUAUAUCUCUCUUCAUAUGAUACUUUGAAAUUGACCUGAAAUAAACUAUAUACUUUGUGGUAA